AUGAAGUUUGUUGAUGUGACGGCGAGGACGACGCAGGGGGCGAGAUCAGCGAGAAAGAAGUUGAAGGAUACUUCGGAGCGUAGUCUAUCGCACUCCUAUUCAUCAUCAGAUUCUUCUUCUUCGUCCUCGUCAUCGCAACCGGGCCUCACAAACGCCGUCUUGCGACGAAAACAGCAGCAGCAGCAGGAACUGCUACCUUUUCCGACAUUCAACUUCUCCAUCCCCCCCGAGUCGGUCGCCCAGGUCUUCUUUUUCCGGCACUAUUCCAUUACGGGAUCGAUCCGGCAUUACGAAAUGCAAAAGGACUCUGCAAUGUCGGCGCUUAAGAUGAUGGGCAUUGUGGCUGUGGGCAUGGCCGGGCUGGCGAUAUCCAAGCAAGACCCGGAUAUCAUGGCGCUAGCGAGGAGAAAGUAUGGAUCGACGCUGCUCUCGAUUAAUGAGGCGAUCAAAACUCGCGAGGAGGUGGCCAAAGAGAGUACGGUGGCGGCGGUGACGCUGCUGGCCAGAUUUGAGGCCAUGGGCUCGAUCAUUAAACGGAUGCCUGCCCCUGCCCACAUUCGCCAGAUUGUACAGUCAUCUCCUCUUUUCAAAGCUGAAGCCGAAAUGGAACCAGCGACUCGCCUCUUCGACAUUGUAUGUAAACUGGCAGACCUGCACUCUUCAAGUAAUGAAGCACCCGGGGUUAACCACCUUGCUGAGAAAAUCUCGGCCGCCAUGAGCAUCGAAAAGGAGCUGCUCGCUUGGAAAUCACACCUCCCCGAGCGGUGGAAGUAUUCCUCCGGCGAGAACAAGCUUGACAAAGCCUAUGGAUCCCCUUGCCACGUCUAUGCAUGCCCCUGGCAGUCUUACAUCUGGAACCACUAUCGCAUUUGCCGACGUACUACCCACGCCGCGCUCUUACACUACCUGGAGACUCUCGCGUUACCCGUCACUCAGGCGCAUCCCGCGCUUAUUGACGCGUGUGCCUCGCAGCAGGAGGCUUCACGCGAGAUCCAAGCGGCUAUGAUGCGUGAAUUACGCGCGAGUAUGCCCUACAUUUUAGAUUUUUACGAUAAAUCAAAGGGCAAUAGCAGGCUGUUUCCGCAACACUCGGGGGUGUUUGGUCUGCUUGCCUCUAUCCAGGCCAUGAUGGGAGUGGCAGAUAUCUGUGAAGAGGAUGCGGAGUGGUUGUGUGUCAUGUGUAGGUAUAUAGCGAGUCGGUUGGGCAUUGGGCUAGCUAUGGUGAUGGAGAGGUGUCUUCAGGGGUAG